AGAAUUUAAAAGUUGGCGACACUGAAUAGUUAUGCUUGAAGAGUGACAAAACCUUUUUGGCUGUUAAUAUUCAUAAUAGUGAGGAUAUGAAUUAGUUUAAUUCAUAAAACGUGAAUUACAGACCUUUUAGGUUAUUUUCUGCACAUAUAUUGGUGAUGGGCAGAGUAACACCGGUUAUACAGAAUCAAUGUGAUGUGGAUCCAUAUUGACACGAAUAAAUAUGGCUGCUGAAGUUCGUAAAUAUGUACAAUGCAUGCGUACACAAGCCAAGAUCUUCAAACACGAUGAAGGUAUGAGGGCGUAUAGAGAAUAUAUGCGUGGAAAAACCAGCAUGUAUUGAUAUUUGUUUAAAUCGGACCGCAGAUACAGUUUAUAAAGAUUACUCUAUAUCAAUGCAAAAGAGUACUCAUAUUCUGUCGAUUACUUCCGAUGUGGGAAAUGCAGCAUUGAAUUCUGUAAGAUGGAAGAAUUUGUAUUACACAAACUUUUUGUUGAACACUGUGGCCUGAUGCUGUGUGCCUCUGGAAGGAUUCAGGGGCUGCAAAUACCUAAGUUUGUGCAACAAGCUACUGAUGUUAAGUCUACAAAACUCAGAACAGAAAGUAAAGGAUCUGAACAAGACACAUGUGCUGAAUCAACAGUUGCAAAUACAACAGACAUCAAUUAUGACGUAGACCUCCAAGUAGAUGAUCUGUUAACAUUUAAACAAAAUAACAGAAAUACAGAAACAAACAGACACACACCAAAGCAGAAACAAAGACAUUCUCAGGGCCAGCAAGCAAGCAACGUAUUCGGUGCCGAAAAUGACACGGACCACAAUACAGAAACAGAGGUGAGAAGCGAGACAGAUGAGCCAUGGAAUAAUGAAAAAAGUGCAUCCGAUAGAGCGACUGGAUCCAAGAGUGUCGUGUGUGAUCAGUGUGGGAACAGAUACAAAGAUAAGGUUAUUCUGAGGACUCACAUUUCAACGGUCCAUAGUGAGACUCGUCCUUAUCACUGUCAGCAGUGUCCUGAUACUUUCAAAACAAAGGGAUCCUUAGUUCGACACAUAAGAAGGCACACAGACGAGAGACCGUUCCACUGUCAGUACUGUGGCCGUUCAUUUCGUGAAUCUGGUGCUCUAACGCGUCACGUAAAAUCCAGAGUGUCCUGCCUUACUAAAACUGACGCAGAUCUGCCUCGGUAUGGCAAGGAUGAGACAUUGCAGAUUAUUAUUUCCAGAGUAUCGGAGGAACAUUGUAAUACCAAGACUGAUGAAGAGGAUCACUGCAAUACAGAAGACAAUGACGCAGAUGAAAACAUAGUCAUUAAUCGUGAUAAUUGUGACUAUAAAUAAUAAAAAAAAAAUGGACAAAUACAGCAUUCCAUAAUAUAUUAUAUAAAUACAAAAUUAUGUAUUGAAUAGAAAAUAAAAGUCCCAGACAAUUUUA